UUCCCUCACGCCAUCAUCAUAAUGUCACUGCCCCUUCCCUCUCCCGUCUCCAAUCUCCAAUCCCCAUUCAAUUCAUUUCAAUUUAACUUCCCACCUCUUCUUCGUCUCCUCUCUUCCACUUAGGCUCCUUUGACACUCCACCACCACCAGAACCACCUCCUCCUCCACUCUGUCCCAGUAAAUCUCACAACCAAACACUCAGUUGCAGCUCUACAGCCAAUGGAGCCAGCUCUAGCUAACCCUGAUCCCAUUUCUUCUCCCAAACCCGCCACAAAACGAAGCCUUCUGAGCUCCCUUAUGGAGGCCACGGCCGUGUCCACCACCGCCACUGCCGUCCUCCACCGCUCCUCCUCCUUCGACGAGGACUCCUACUUGAUCUCCACACUCAAGCCGUCGGAGCUCAAGGCCCUGGACGAACUCAAGCAGCUUCUAUCCUCCGCCGCCAAGCCUAUCUCCAUGUGGGGCGUACCUGUCGCUCCACCUCCUUGCGCUUCCGAAGACGGUGAGGAGGCCGCUGGGCGUACGGACGUGGUGCUCCUCAAGUUCCUUCGUGCGCGCGACUUUGACGCUGGGCAGGCGCACGCGAUGCUGCUGCGGUGCGCGGAGUGGCGGGCGGAGUUCGGAGCGGACGGCGUGGCGGAGGAGGAGCUGGUGGGGUUCAAGGAGCUGGAGGGAGUGGUGGCGUACAUGCACGGCUGGGACCGGCGCGGCCACCCCGUAUGCUACAACGCCUACGGGGUCUUCAAGGACAAGGCCGUGUACGAGCGCGUGCUGGGCGACGCCGACAAGCUGCAGCGCUUCCUCCGGUGGCGGGUCCAGGUGAUGGAACGCGGCGUACGCCUGCUCCAACUCCGACCCGCCGGCGUCAACGCCAUCAUCCAGGUCACCGACCUCAAGGACAUGCCCAAGCGAGAGCUCCGCGCUGCCUCCAAGCACAUCCUCUCCCUUUUCCAGGACAACUACCCCGAAAUGGUCGCACGAAAGGUGUUCAUCAAUGUGCCAUGGUACUUUAGCCUGCUCUAUUCUGUAAUAAGCCCAUUCCUAACUGAGAGAACCAAAAGCAAAUUUGUGAUCGCCAGAGAAGGGAAUGUGACUGAGAUGCUCUACAAGUUCAUCCGGCCGGAGUACGUGCCGGUGCAGUACGGAGGGCUGAGCCACCCUGGUGACCUCCAGAACGGCCCGCCCAAGCCGGCCACAGAGUUCAUCAUCAAGGGAGGCGAAAAAGUAGACCUCGAAAUCGACGGCAUUGAGGGAGGAGCAACCAUAGCGUGGGACAUUGCGGUGGGCGGGUGGGACUUGGACUAUGGCGCGGUGUACGUGCCGAGCGACGACGGGAGUUACACAAUCGUUGUGGAGAAGACGAGGAGGAUUCCCGCGUCGGCCGACGAGCCAAUCCACCAUGUGUUCACGGCCAAGGAGGAUGGCAAGAUGGUGCUGUCGUUGGACAACACCGGCUCCCGGAGAAGGAAGGUGGCGGCCUACCGAUACUUCGUCCGCAAACAGUCUAAUUGAAUUAAAAGUACCUACCAAUUCACUACUGGUUUUGACUAGUAUUAGACAUGAGCGCCUUUUUUUUUUUAAAUCUCCUGCUGCUACGCUACUAUCUGUAUAAUUAUAACUUCUUAUAAGAUAACAGGACCUCUCUUUUUUCUGAUA